GUGGCGCUGUUUCUCCCAAUACACUUGACUGUAGCUGGCUGGCUACUAGCGUGAUGAGGCUAAGCUAGCUGUCAGUCAGUCACCGGAUGUUCCUGGACGCACGUCGUCGUCGGCCGUCUUCUUGACAUUCCCAUCAAACAUUCCCGGACGAAUUCGUGUCGACUGACCAGAGUCCGCGAAUUCACGUCCGGCUCCCUCGUUGGUCAUCGAGCCUUUCCCUUCCCACGCCGCCGCCUCACCGCUAGCGUUGCUUAGCUUGCCGGCUAAGGUGAGUGCGGAAAGCCGAGAAGCGGACGAGAGAGCCCUGAACCGAAGGACCACACCCAUAAAAGAUGUCCCUUCACCAGUUUUUCCUGGAGCCCAUCACCUGCCACGCGUGGAACCGCGACAGGACACAGAUUGCCAUCAGCCCCAACAACCAUGAAGUUCAUAUUUAUAAGAAGAAUGGAAACCAGUGGGUCAAGACUGACGAGCUGAAGGAGCACAAUGGACACAUUACAGGAAUCGACUGGGCCCCCAGGAGCGACCGCAUUGUGACUUGCGGCGCUGACCGCAAUGCGUACGUGUGGUCCCAAAAGGAGGGUGUGUGGAAGCCCACGCUGGUGAUUCUCAGAAUCAACAGAGCCGCCACCUUUGUUAAGUGGUCCCCGCUGGAGAACAAGUUUGCGGUGGGCAGCGGCGCGCGGCUCAUCUCAGUCUGCUACUUUGAGUCGGAGAAUGACUGGUGGGUGAGCAAGCACAUAAAGAAGCCCAUCCGCUCCACAAUCCUCAGUCUGGACUGGCACCCCAAUAACGUGUUGCUGGCUGCUGGGUCCUGUGAUUUCAAGUGCAGGGUGUUCUCAGCCUACAUUAAGGAGGUGGAGGAGAAGCCAGGCCCGACGCCUUGGGGCAGCAAAAUGCCUUUCGGGGCUGUGCUAGCAGAGUUCGGAGGAGCAGGAGGAGGAGGUUGGGUCCACUCUGUGUCUUUCUCGGCCUCGGGGAACCGCCUGUCGUGGGUCAGCCACGACAGCACAGUUACUGUCGUGGACAGCUCCAAGACUGCCUGUCCUUUGCAGCUGAAGACAGAGUUCCUGCCUCUCCUCAGCGUCUGCUUUGUGACCGAGAACAGCCUAGUAGCUGCGGGCCACGACUGCUGCCCCAUGCUGUUUCGCUGCGACGACGCUGGCGUUCUGACCUUCGUAUCCAAGCUGGACCUGCCCAAGCAGAGCAUCCAGAGGAACAUCUCGGCCAUGGAGCGCUUCCGCAACAUGGACAAGAGGGCAACCACUGAGGACCGCAACACCACGCUGGACACCCUGCACCAGAACAGCAUCACUCAGUCUCCUCCACCUGCACGUUCUCCUUUCCGAAGAAAGACCGCCGCCUUGUUAUUUUGAACCGCCAACGGGCAGCCGCGCAUGCGUGCGCUCAGCCCCCUCGCCAUGGCAAGAGCAAGCCUCGCGUGCCGGAGCGGUCCCCUCUGUCGUCAGGCUAGGAGGUGCCGUUGACAAGGGCGCAAAUAGUACUGAUACCCACUCCAGGGUUCGCGCUGCCCGUUCACCACCUCGCCAAAGGCUAAUUGAAAUAGUUAAGAGUUAAGUUAAAGUUGCAACUACAUGCGUGUGGCAAGGAGAUUUGUAUACUGUUUAGCCACAUUGGCUAAGAGGUUUCAUGAGCCAGUCCCAACCCUGCCACUCAGAUUCAUAAUGACAUGACAUCUAUCCGUCCCCUCAACGUUUUUAAUCACCCCCCUCUUUCCCGAAGUCAGAUCUCCAACUCGGCAAAGCAGACGAAUCUGCUUCUCAUAUAAAACACUACCUGUAUAGUUACGUUUGCUCGUAUGUUUGUAAGGCUAGGAAGCGCUGGCAGCACUCAACCUCUGGCUUUGUGUCGCAAGCUCUAUAAAUUCCUAGUCAGUGGAAAUUGUACACGUCCUCACCCCACCGCAGCUCACUCCCCACACUGUAAAACAUGGUGUGUGCGCAACUUAAAACAAAGUAACAAUUUACAGCUGUAACGUUAGAUAAGUCUUGUUGCAUAUACUCAACACUAGCUGAAUUGAAAUACCUUCAAAGUAUCUGUGGAAGUAGUUACACUUUUUAAAAUUUAUUUUUGUUUUAACUUUGAGCCAGCCUGGGGUGUCAAUAUUUUUUUAGCAUGACUGUAUUGUCUAUUAUGUCUAAAAAAAAAUCCUCUCACUAUUCUGGCAUUUAGCAAGUAGAAAUAAUUUUGGUAAUCCUCAUUGACCUAAAACAGGAAAAACUUAGUCUGAUGUCAUCCACUUUAAUCCCUUAUUUUGGCCCCCCUGGGGUCCCAAUAUUUUUAUGCACGACUGUAUUUAUCGCCUACAAAAAACAACUAAUAUUACUGCAGCUUAUUGACUCAGUUGUGAAAUCAUGUCUGUAUUAUACUGCCCCCUGAUGGCCAAGGCGCACACUUGAGAGCAAAAGUUCAAUGGGCAUUGACGCAUGAAACAAAUGAUUACAGAUUAUUAAAAAGAAUGUAAAGAAUUGAACAAUGUCAUUACUCUGUUUUUAUAAUGUACAAUAUUACAGUUAAGGCCAGAAAUAUCUGGCCGUGACACAAUCUUCAUGAGCUGGGCUCUGCAUGCCACCACAUUGGAUUUGAAAUGAAACGACUACAACAAAAUUCAACUGCAGACUUUAAGGUUUAAUUCAAGGGGUUGAACAAAAAUAUAUGAUUAAACAUGUAGGAAUUGUAGCUGUUUCGAUGGAAAUUCAAAAGUAAUUGGACAAAUAAACAUAACCCUAAGUAAAAUAUUACUUUUCAAUAUUUUGUUGGGAAUCCUUUGUAGGCAAUGACUGCCUGAAGUCUGAAACCCAUGGACAUCAAGUAAAUGCUGGGUUUCCUCCUUUGUGAUGUUUUACUGCAGCUGUCUUCAGUUUGUUGCUUGUUUGUGGGUCUUUCUGCCUUAAGUUUUGCUCGAUGGGGUUGGGAUCUGGUGAUUGACUUGGCCAUUGCAGAAUAUUCCACUUCUUUGCUUUAAGAAAUUCCUGGGUUGCUUUUGCUGUAGGUUUUGGAUCAUUGUCCCAACUAUACUGUGACUCGCCGUCCAAGUCAACUUUGCUGCAUUUGGCUGAAUCUGAGCAGAAAGUAUAUCCCCUAUACACUUCAGAAUUCUUCCGGCUGCUUCUGUCUUUUGUCACAUCAUCAAUAAACACAAGUUACCCAUUA